GCGCUCGGACCGGCGCGCGGAGCUGCCGCUGUGUUCUCCCUCCCUUCGCCCCCCUCGCUCUUUCCUGCGGCCGCUGUUGCGCCUACGCGAGUCCCCGGCUUCACUUACGGCCUACCCGGGUCAUCGGGAUGGCGCGGUCUCUCGUGCCCAGCUCACAGAAGGCGCUGCUGCUGGAGCUCAAAGGGCUGCAGGAGGAGCCCGUGGAAGGGUUUCGGGUCAAUUUGGUGGACGAGGGGGACCUAUACAACUGGGAGGUGGCCAUCUUUGGCCCCCCCAACACCUACUACGAGGGCGGGUACUUCAAGGCCCGUCUCCGAUUUCCCAUCGACUACCCCUAUUCUCCCCCUGCGUUCAGGUUCUUGACCAAAAUGUGGCACCCCAACAUCUAUGAGACCGGUGAUGUCUGCAUCUCCAUCCUGCACCCACCAGUGGAUGACCCACAGAGUGGGGAGCUGCCAUCCGAGCGGUGGAACCCCACACAGAAUGUGAGGACCAUUCUUCUGAGCGUGAUCUCACUGCUGAAUGAACCCAACACGUUUUCUCCAGCCAAUGUGGAUGCCUCUGUGAUGUACCGCAAGUGGAAGGAGAGCAAAGGGAAGGAUCGGGAGUACACAGACAUCAUCAGAAAGCAAGUCCUGGGAACAAAGGUGGAUGCUGAACGGGAUGGCGUGAAGGUCCCCACCACACUGGCAGAGUACUGCGUGAAGACCAAGACUCCAGCCCCAGAUGAGGGCUCAGACCUCUUUUAUGAUGACUAUUAUGAGGAUGAUGAGAUGGAAGAGGAAGCAGACAGCUGCUAUGGCGAUGAGGAUGACUCUGGCAAUGAGGAAUCUUGAUGGCCCUCUGGCACUGCAAGAAGUGCUGUAAACUACUGAAUUUUACCUCAACUAGGAUGAACUGGUUUGAAUUUAGGAUCUGUCAGCCCUGAAGUUAACUCUACCUCACAGGGAGACUGUUCUGCUGUUGUAAAGGAAACCCCACCGCUGUCUUUGCAGGGGGGGGG